UGGGGUGGGGCGGGCAGCCCGGGCUUGAUUAGGUAGGAGGCCGUGGAGCGCCGGCGGCGGCCGGAAGUAGCCGAAGCAAGCGGCGGAAGUAGCCGAAGCGGCCGGAGCGGGCGCGCGGCAAGGCGAGGCGAGAGCUCCACAGGGCCCUACGCGGCCGCCUCAGCAUGUCGGACUUCGACGAGUUCGAGCGGCAGCUCAACGAGAAUAAGCAAGGGAGGAAGUACAGAGGCAGGUUUUCAGCUCAUUCAGAGAUGGUGUUAGAGAUGGGGAAAGGCAGGGAAAGUUGCUUUCCAAACGUCCUUCUGCCGGGUCCCACACCUGAUGAGCGUGACAAGGAGAACCGGCACCGGAAGCGCAGCCACAGCCGCUCUCGAAGCCGGGACCGCAAGCGCCGCAGCCGCAGCCGGGACCGGCGCAACCGGGACCAGCGCAGCGCCUCCCGGGACAGGCGGCGCCGAAGCAAACCUUUGACCAGAGGCGCUAAAGAGGAGCACGGUGGAUUGAUUCGUUCCCCCCGCCACGAGAAGAAGAAGAAGGUCCGUAAAUAUUGGGACGUGCCACCGCCCGGCUUCGAGCACAUCACCCCCAUGCAGUACAAGGCCAUGCAAGCUGCCGGUCAGAUUCCAGCCACCGCCCUUCUCCCCACCAUGACCCCCGACGGUCUGGCUGUGACCCCGACACCGGUGCCCGUGGUCGGUAGCCAGAUGACCAGACAGGCCCGGCGCCUCUAUGUGGGCAACAUCCCCUUCGGCAUCACUGAGGAGGCCAUGAUGGAUUUCUUCAACGCCCAGAUGCGCCUGGGGGGGCUGACGCAGGCCCCCGGCAAUCCCGUCUUGGCAGUGCAGAUUAACCAGGACAAGAACUUUGCCUUCUUAGAGUUCCGCUCAGUGGACGAGACCACGCAGGCCAUGGCCUUUGAUGGCAUCAUCUUCCAGGGCCAGUCGCUGAAGAUCCGCAGGCCUCACGACUACCAGCCCCUGCCUGGCAUGUCAGAGAAUCCCUCUGUCUAUGUGCCUGGAGUCGUGUCCACUGUGGUCCCGGACUCUGCCCACAAGCUGUUCAUUGGGGGCUUACCCAACUACCUGAAUGACGACCAGGUAGACCCUUCGUCUCUUCCCGCCCCUCCCCCGUCACAGCCUUCGUCCAUACUCUCAUGGCGUCUUGGCCUGCCGCAGGUAAAAGAGCUGCUGACAUCGUUUGGGCCUCUCAAGGCCUUCAACCUGGUCAAGGACAGUGCCACAGGGCUCUCCAAGGGCUACGCCUUCUGUGAGUACGUGGACAUCAACGUCACAGACCAGGCCAUUGCGGGGCUGAACGGGAUGCAGCUGGGGGAUAAGAAGCUGCUUGUCCAGAGGGCAAGCGUGGGAGCCAAGAAUGCCACGCUGGUGAGCCCCCCGAGUACCAUCAACCAGACCCCCGUGACCUUGCAAGUGCCUGGCCUGAUGAGCUCCCAGGUGCAGAUGGGUGGUCACCCGACUGAGGUCCUGUGCCUCAUGAACAUGGUCCUGCCUGAGGAGCUGCUGGACGAUGAGGAGUACGAGGAGAUCGUGGAGGACGUGCGUGACGAAUGCAGCAAGUACGGGCUCGUCAAGUCCAUCGAGAUCCCCCGCCCCGUGGACGGCGUGGAGGUGCCCGGCUGUGGAAAGAUCUUCGUGGAGUUCACCUCUGUGUUUGACUGCCAGAAAGCCAUGCAGGGCCUGACGGGUCGCAAGUUCGCCAACAGAGUGGUUGUCACAAAAUACUGUGACCCCGACUCUUACCACCGCCGGGACUUCUGGUAGAGGCGGCGGGGGAGGGCAGGGGCAGGGCUGGCUGGGGCUUCUCCCCCUCCAGCUCCCCCUCUUUUCCCCCUCUGAAGACGAUGGGCAGAGGAGUGACAGCCGAAUGACAGCCGGCAGCAACUGGAAUGGCACCGAUUAAGGGUG